CCGCAGUCCAAGAGAGGAGCGAGGACACUGCCCGGGGAGCAUAGUGGACUGUCCGGCUCCGGGACACUCACCGUGGGCAGGGCCGCCCCUCGCUGCGCCCCAGUCCCUGGGAGUCAAGGUGCCUUCACCCUAGGAAGGCCGCGCCAGGCGACACCAUGCCCCAGAACGUGGUCCUCCCUGGCCCUGCUCCCUGGGGGUUCAGGCUUUCAGGAGGCAUAGACUUCAACCAGCCUUUGAUCAUCACCAGGAUUACUCCAGGAAGCAAGGCGGCAGCUGCCAACCUGUGUCCUGGAGAUGUCAUCCUGGCUAUUGAUGGCUUCGGUACAGAGUCUAUGACUCAUGCUGAUGCACAGGACAGGAUUAAAGCAGCAGCACACCAGCUAUGUCUCAAAAUUGACAGGGCAGAAACUCGCUUGUGGUCUCCACAGGUAUCUGAAGAUGGGAAGGCUCAUCCUUUCAAAAUCAACUUAGAAUCAGAACCACAGGAGUUCAAACCCAUUGGUACCGGGUACAACAGAAGGGCCCAGCCUUUUGUUGCAGCAGCAAACAUUGAUGACAAAAGACAGGUAGUGAGCGCUUCCUAUAACUCACCCAUUGGGCUCUAUUCAACUAGCAAUAUACAAGAUGCACUUCAUGGACAGCUGCGGGGUCUCAUUCCUAGUUCACCUCAAAAUGAACCCACAGUCUCGGGGCCCCCCCAGUCAGAUGUGUACCGGAUGCUCCAUGACAAUCGGGAUGAACCUACUCAGCCUCGCCAGUCAGGCUCCUUCAGGGUGCUCCAGGAACUCGUUAACGAUGGUCCCGAUGACCGUCCUGCUGGAACUCGGAGUGUGAGAGCUCCAGUUACAAAAGUCCACGGUGGUGCUGGCAGCACACAGAAGAUGCCACUCUGUGACAAAUGUGGGAGUGGCAUUGUUGGGGCCGUUGUGAAGGCGCGGGAUAAGUACCGGCAUCCAGAGUGCUUUGUGUGUGCUGACUGCAGCCUCAACCUCAAGCAAAAGGGCUACUUCUUCGUGGAGGGGGAGCUGUACUGCGAAACUCAUGCAAGAGCCCGCACGAGGCCCCCAGAGGGCUAUGACACAGUCACUCUGUAUCCCAAAGCUUAAUUAAGUCUUACGCAAACCAGAGCACCCAAGCAUGCACUCACACACACUUACACAGGAAGACACUAAUGACUCCGGGCAGAAGUAUAGCAAACUGUUGAGUCCCAAUCUAAAACCAAGGCUUUUAGAUGUUUACCUUUUUGUGUACUGAGGAGAAGGAAUGGGAGGCAAAUGCCUGCUAUAACAGAAACAUACAUUCAGCUAUGUUUUGCAACUCUUUUUUUCUUUGGGGCUAACAAUAAGUUAAUGACAUUAAAACCAAUAAUUGUUUUGGAUGUCAUCCUCCACAAUUUAAAUUUAUGUUAUGACCAUCAAACAUGUAAACAUCAAGAUAUUUGGCGGAGUCUAAUCGUCUUUCCUUAACAAGUUGAUUUUGCAAUUGUAGUAAAUACCAAAUGAUAAUCUUGUAUUCUAACACAGCCUGCAGUUGUCUGUUAUCUGCUUUAACUAUUGUAGUGCAUGUCAGGGAAAAAUUCCCUGGAUUCUCUAGUUUCAUAUUCAACAAUUAUACCAUUGGAAGCAACAUCCAUAAUAAACACAUAAAACAUUUUUAAAAUACCUAAUGAAGUGGCACUCAAUGAAUUCCGAUAAAAUCAACAUUCCAAUGAGAAGGCCCAAUCAUACAUAUACGAACAACUCAGGUAUUUUAAGAAAAUGUGGCUCCUUUAGUAUUAUUACGCAUUUACUCUUUCUUAAAAGGGUACAAUUUCUGCUCAUAGGAGGGGCAUUUAAAUUUGCUAGUCAAGGUAAUUCAGUCUCUUUCAGAUUAAAACAGUUUCUUUUGCUUUGAAAUAGUCUCUUUCUUUUUAAAUGGCUCUUUCAGAUAAAUAUUCAGUCAAAUUCAAGGUUCAGACUCCAUGAAGCCUUUGUGCUCAAAGGUUGAUCACCACCUUCUCCUCCUUCCCAAAGUGGUAUCUCCAAGAGGAGACAGUUUAGGGGACCUCCUAAGGAACAGAGGGGCUACUGGUCUCCCAGGGUCACUGCUGGUAUCUACUGCUGAAACCCAUGAUUUCACACGUGGUCUGUUUUCUCAAGAUUGUUGGGACCAGACAAUUAUGCCACCUCCACUAACACCUCCGAAAGUGCCAGCUCAGCCUGCCCUGGAGUCACGAAGCCUUUGCAUCGCAGACGCGAACUCCAUCUGGCCUCUGGCUCUGCCUUGUCUCCAUGCCUCUCACUAUGGUGGUGCUGUGACAAUGCCCCGACUUGCACGUCUUACCUAUUUCCCAACCUCCUCACUGGGGACACAUGGGAACAUUUGAAACUGUCCCCUCCAAGGACAAAGCAUGGGGAACCAGCAGGGUGGGGAGGAGGGGACUGUCACACCACCUCAUCACCACGUCACUUCUGCCUUAGUGCAGCUGCUGCCUACGGGCCUGGAGCAAGUUUUCUCCUAUUGGCCCAAAUGACAAAUAGAGCACAAGUUGUAUUGCCCGGAAUUCUCCCCACACUUAAUUCUUUCUGACCCUGACCUAUUUAGGGUUUUGGUCCAGUGAGAGGAGCCAGAACACCUGCCUGGCCGCUAUAGGCAUUUGAGAUUGCUACUGGAACCUCUGCACCAAAACAUAAAUUCAUUAACAGAGCUACUAAAAUAACAUAAACAAGAAACUUUGAAAUCAAAGAAAUGAAUGGAUCCAAAAAGUACAUUACACUUUUUGUUCAGAUGUUGUUUUUAAAUAUUUCCUCUGGGAAGGAUACAAAUACAAAAGUUUGGACGCUGGAGAGCAAAUGAAUGGUAACCGAUUUAGAAAACCUGAGAAAGUUAAAAUCCAAAGUGGCAGUGGAGAAAACUGAAAACCAACCAUUUCCUCUCCAGAAUCAUGAAAAGGCGUGGGAAUUAACAGCACGGAGCAUUUCUGGACUAGAGAAGAAAGGUGGAAUUACUACAAGGAGGCUGAAGUAAAAGCUGUUUGAGAAGCACUUACUCCCACAGGUGUCCCCUCUCCUCCCACACUCUCACAUACCCCACGGUCUUCCCAGCGGAAGUCUGCUAGGAAGUAUCUGGAGAAGGUAAAACUGCAUCUCUGAACUGGGGAAGCGCAGUGGAGGGUAUGUGUACUACACUAAAAAGGAAUUAAAUUAAGUAAGAAUGAAAGACUCAUGAGAAAAGUGUACGUUAGACAUUACAUGGUACAUUGAUGUACAUUGUAUUUUAGACAUCUGAGAGUAUUCUUAAAAUUAUAUUUGAUAUAUUUUAUAUGUAGUAGACUGCUUCAGUUUAGAAGUUCAAUAAUGAGUAAAAAAUAGUAAAAAAAAAA